UAUUGACAAAAAGAAUCAGAUCUGUAAGAGAGACUUCAGUUUACAGACAUUAAAUAAGAUCUCCAGGAAGUUUAACGUUCCCCUAUCGCCUGUGUCUCUCCCCGGCUGUUGUGCUCAUCGUCCGAAGCAGCUUUAGCACAACUUUGAAAACACAUCAUGUGGAUUAGUGCCAGCUUCAAAAAGUGAACAAUAAUUAAUUUUGAGAUGGCUGAACAGGACGGAAAACUGGAUAUAUCUAUCAUUCCAGGACAGAUCUAUAUCGAAGUGGAGUAUGAUUAUGAGUAUGAGACAAAAGAUCGAAAGAUUGCAAUAAAGCAAGGUGAAAAAUAUAUUCUGUUGAAGAAGACAAAUAAUGAUUGGUGGCAGGUUAAGAAGGAAGAUGGCUCGAAGCCUUUUUACCUUCCAGCGCAGUAUGUUAAAGAACUACCUCGGAAGGCAUUGAUGCCACCAGUGAAACAAGUCCCUGUUUCUGUUAAAAUCAAAUCUGCUAGUUUAAGUGCAGAUGCCAAACUACUGCAGGUAUCCACUGAAAAUCUUUCCAAACCACUUGAUUACUCCAGUUCUUUCAAAUCUUCUAUGGGACAAUUGCAGGCUCAGACUUCUAUACAAAACCAGAUGAAAAACCAAAGCACAAGUCAAACACAGAACCAGGCUUGUGUUCAAGGGAGAAGCCACUUGUCUUCUGGAGUCCAAAGUAGUGCCAAAGCUAGUGACCAUAGUAAAGGGUUUGGAGAGAGUACAUCACAGUAUUUAAGAGAUAUAAAUCUUAACCGAAUUUCAGGUCAAUCACAAGAUUUUGAAACCCCGGAUGUAGAGAAAAUAAAAAAUUUGGUUCAUGAACCUUCAUAUGACUGGGCUCCAGAGAAUUCAGAAAGGCACCGUCAAGACUCUGAAUCUGGAGACGAGCAUAGUAGCAGUUCCACAGAACAGUUUCAGACAAUGCCGCCUGCCAGACCAGAAUCUCCAGUGUAUGCAAAUUUGCAAGAUUUGAAAAUAACUCUAGCCCAUUUACCCCCAAUUCCCACUAGCCCUCCCAGGCAAAUCCAUGGUGAAUGGGAGGUGCACAAAGAUGCAACAGGACGGUUUUACUACUACAACAAGGGAACACAAGAAAGAAGCUGGAAACCACCCCGAAUGACCAGAGACACUGUAAAUAGAGAACAUGAUAGCCAGGAGGAUUCUGUAAAUCAUGGACAUCACAUCACUGAAGAGAACUACCGCAGCAUUUACUCCAGCCAUACAGAUAAUCAAUUUGAUUUACCUCCACGUGGUUGGUCAGAAGAAAUGGAUGAGCGUGGCCAAACUUUGUAUGUCAAUGAAUAUACUGAUGAAAAGUGGAUGAAACAUAUUGAUGAUCAAGGCCGACCAUAUUACUACCGGACAGAUGGAUCCAAAUCUGAAUGGGAAUUGCCACAGUACAACAUUGCAGCAAAGCGACAAGAAGUUGUUAGUAAAAGCAGAAGCUUGGACAGGAAGCCAACUGAGUCUGUAUUAAUGACAAAUUGGAGACAUAGCACAUAUGGAGUUGGGCAAUUGGACCUUGAUAAGUUCACUGCAAACAAGCACAAGCGUAAUUCCUCUGAACAUCUCUGUGCUUCAUCAUCAUUGCUUCCACAGCAUCCUGAUCAAGAACCUCCAACUAGUCCAAAAUCAAUCCAUGAUAGCAACAAUGAGCCCCCGUCUUCGCCAAAAUAUUUACAGUCACCACCAAUUGUUUCAGAAAAAUAUGGAUUACUUUAUGUAACAAAGAUCACAGAGAAUGGCAAGAAAGUCAGGAAGAAUUGGACAUCGUCUUGGACAGUCUUGCAAGGGUCAUCUCUGCUAUUUGCUAAAAAUCAAGGCAGUGGAAGUGGCUGGUCAUUCUACCAUUGGAGCUCAGUUCCAGAGCUCUUGCUUUCUCUUCUUGCCAAGUGGAAAAGUGCUGUCAAGUGUCGACCUGCAGUCACCUAUGUAAACUGUCCAACUGCCACUAAAUUUGGUGGCAACCAAUCCAAACCAGAGUUCACUGUGGAUCUAAAGGGAGCUACAAUAGAAUGGGCUUCAAAAGACAAAUCCAGCAAGAAAAAUGUAAUUGAGCUUAAAACACGUCAAGGAACAGAGAUAUUGAUUCAGUUGGACAAUGACCAUCUCAUCAAUGAGUGGUAUAAAGCUCUUGAGGAAACAAUUGGUAGUCAGAUGGUGGAAUCUGAUGAAGCUGCUGAAGAUGAUAUGCCAGAGUCCCCAGGAAUUGAAAAACAUGAUAAGGAUAAAACUAAUAAAGAUUUAAAGAAAUCACGGCCAGUAAAAUCUAGUAGCAUAGAUAAUGCAGAUCAAAAAAAGACAAAAACAAAAUUGAAGAAGUUCCUGACACGCAGACCAACACUCCAAGCUGUCCGAGACAAAGGUUAUAUAAAAGAUCAAGUAUUUGGAUGCAAUUUAAGUAGUCUUUGUCAAAGAGAGAAUUCAACUGUACCAAAAUUUGUGAUGAUGUGUAUUGACCACGUGGAGAGAGAGGGCUUAAACGUUGAUGGUUUGUACAGAGUGAGUGGUAACCUGGCUGUCAUACAAAAGCUUCGCUUUGCAGUCAACCAUGAUGAGAAGCUGGACCUGAAUGACAGUAAAUGGGAGGAUAUCAAUGUCAUUACUGGGGCUCUCAAGAUGUUUUUCAGAGAACUACCAGAACCUCUGUUCACAUAUCAUCUCUUUAAUGACUUUGUCAAUGCAGUUAAAAUUUCAGACUACAAGCAGCGUGUUGAGGCUAUCGCCGACCUAAUCAGGCUCUUACCUAAACCAAACCAUGACACUAUGCAAGUUCUGUUCAAACACCUUGUGAAGGUCAUUGCCCGUUCUGAAGUAAAUCGAAUGACCAAUCAAAGUGUUGCCAUAGUAUUUGGCCCCACCCUCCUGAGGCCAGAGAAAGAGACAGGAAAUAUUGCAGUUCACACAGUAUACCAGAAUCAGAUUGUGGACUUGAUCUUAACAGAGUAUGAAACCAUAUUUGGAAGAAGUUGAGAGAAAUGAGCACAUGAAAUACAACUCUACCAAAACCCACUAUGUGAAAAUAUAGUACAUUUUAAGUUUUAUUGUACCUUAAAUCAACCAGAAUAUUGGUAUGCUUUGCACUUGUUUUCCUCUGGUUUUUAAAUCUAUCUGUAUUUGUUUCCAAUGGUUAUCAAUCUUGAAAGCAGAUGGCUCGGCUGCAGAUGUUUUGCAUAACACGUAGAACAGACAGAUGCAGGGAAGCAUGUCUCCUGGUAACAACAAAAAAUAGAGACAUGAGUAUACCGUAGUUAUACACUGGGUUCUUUUGAAACAAUAUUUGCCUGAGGGUCUUAGCAGUACUUUUUCUGUACGUGUCAAUAUUUUUAGGCAAUUUCAAUUUCAUGCACAUAGUUGGCAAUCCUAUCUUGCAAUCUGUUUUACUAUUUAGUAUAGUAGAAGUCCUAAUAUUGUAUGUUGUCGCUGAGUCCAUACAAAACAGUGACCAGACUUUGUUUAAUUUAUUUUUUUUUACAGAUUUACUCAAAAGUAAAAGCUAAAGUAUUAAUGUGGAUUCUUCCUGGUUGAUGAGUAUGGACUUAAAGUGGUCCUACACCUGCUGUUAAUACAGAGGUCAUAUGAUCACACUCAGUGUUUCAGAACACUAGUGAUGUACAGUUAAAUAAAGAGCAUAAUACAAUAAAUAAUAUGGCCUCAAGCAAUGUAUAUAUAAUCUGUGUAUAAUUUCUUAAUGUAUGUUUUACAUACGGUAACAUUUUCUAAUACGAUUUUGCCAACUUGUAAUCAAUUACUGGUCAAUCUACCAGCUAAGAUCAGUACUAAGAGCUUUUUGAGGUGUUUUAUGACAGGCAACAUGGGAUAUUCUUAGUAUACUGAGAAGGUGUGUGCACUUUUUAGCUAUUGGCAAUUACAAUGCAGGGCAAAUCAUAACCAUUUGAAUUUCAAAUGGUACUGGAAAGUAUUGUGCAGGCUUGUGCUUUCUAGGUGCACUACAAUAAAAGUGGUUUAUUUAAAUGUACAGAGAAAAUUUGAAAAAAACUCAGCUUAGCAAUUUAUUGUACAAUAAGUGCUAACAUUUAAAAUUUCUUGUAUGCAUUGAUGGGUAUUAAAGCAGAUUCACUUGAUGCGAAAUUCAAUUUUUCCAUUUUAUUGAUGUGGAUUAGUUGUAUAAGCAGGUUUCUUUGGAAUACUACCUGUUUCUGGGCACAUGAUCUGAAGAUUUUUUGAAUGUAUUUUUUUUAAAACUAACUGCUGUAUGGCGAUAUGCUAUGUCUAAUCAAAAAUUAAAACAAAUGAUAAAAAGCUGUCUUUCAA